AUGCCGCCACAAACGACGACAGAGGCCAAUGGUCCCAUCAACCUGCUACGUCCGCUACUUCUACUGUGCUAUUCCGCCUACUACAUCCCCAUUACCAUCUACACCUUAGUCACUACAGGUGACAUCAAGUCAUUGUCGUCGUUCUCCGACUUCAAGGAAGCAUGGUUUGCCCAUUUCUGUAAGUUGACAACGAACACAUCAGCCGGCAAGCCAUGA